GCGCGAUGCGUUCAUUCAUAAGAUCGUUGAUGCAAUGGCAUCGAACUCAAGGAGUACUAAGUCACAAGCUGCACUUCUAACAGAAGGCGACGAGGCCGAAAUGCCUUUGGCACAAUUUAAGAGUACUGAAGAGAAACUGCAACAACUGAGGACGCUUAUGGGAGAUGCAAAGGAAGGAAUUCGUGAUGACGAGACCGCGCAUUUGCUCAUAAAUAAUCAGCGGCCUCAAGUAAAACUUCGCGUAGCGAAAGUGCAAAGUCAGGAAAAUCAAAAAUGCAAACAAAUUUCAAAAGAAAAACAACAAGAUGAGUGCAUAGAAAGCGAACAGGAAUUAUCCACUGCAUACUUUGGCCAUUUUGGCGAGGAUGGUGGCGGUAAUGGUGUGAAAAAUAACACGAUGAACUGUGAAGGCGGAAUAAUUGAGCGGCAGCCGCACACUCAACAUCACCUGGCAAGAUGACACAACAUGACCGUACAUCUACAACAACAGCAGACCAAACAUUACCAGACUAUAGCGAACAAAUGCAUACACCAACGCCAACGGCAGCAUUAACUACAACAACAGAUAUAGAAAUCGGUGUUGGAGGUAACGAUGAUGGCCCUCAUGGCCAUGGCGCGGAACUGCAUCAAGAUUACAAAGGUCCUAAAAUCUGGCGCAUUCUGGUCAAACACUGGCCCUUCAUCUCACAACCGCUGGCUUUGGCUGCAGUUUUCAUCGCUUUGUGGGUACUCGGUUAUGUGCUGCUGCCUGAUUAUGCGCUGCCGAAUACGCCAAUUAUGCGCAUAUUCUUCCUCUUUGUGGGCGCCCAGCUGACUGGCGUUUUGGUGACCUUUAUCGCUUUGCCCGAUAUGUUGGGCAUGCUCUUCUUUGGUGUACUCUAUACAAAUGUCGGAUUGGCCGAUUUUACGGGUUAUAAUAAAUUUGAGGCAUUUUUGAGGGAAAUGGCUCUCAUCAAUAUUAUGCUGCUCGCCGGUCUGGGUCUCGAUGCGAGUGCUUUUAAGAAGUUGUGGUUUAUGAUUUUACGCCUAACAUUAGUACCGACGAUUGCUGAGGUCACAAUUAUUGCUAUGAUUGCAAGAUUCACACUAGAUAUGCCAUGGUUUUGGGGUAUUUUAUUGGGCCUUGUCGUCACCGCCGUCUCCCCGAACGUUGUCGUUACGGUCAUGCUGAAAUUGAAAGAGGAGCGACUGGGCUUGAAUAGCGGCAUACACACAUUAAUAUAUGCCAUGACCAGCUGCAAUGAUGUCGUUGCCAUUUUUCUCUUCGGCGUCAUUCUGAGCGUCAUCUUCUCCACGGAUAAAUCGCUGACGCAACAAAUUUUGCAAGGACCCAUCGGUAUCGGUAUUGGCAUUGUUUUUGGUUACGUUUAUGGACUGAUGCUGACUAUAUUGCCAUCAACGAAGACGGCUUACUUAAAUGGAUUGCGCUUUGUUUUGACCGUCUUGGGUGGCACCAUAUCGGUGAUGGGCAGUCGCACCAUUGGCUACCCCUCAGCUGGAGCGCUGGGCUGUAUGACGAUUGCAUUUUUUGCCGGCAUCGGCUGGAAAGGUCAGCAACAGCACCUCACACCACAACAACUUCAACGUCAGUUGGAAAAUGAAAAUUCGUCUGUGCCUGCGCGUCUUGACCUGCUGUGGAAAUUUCUGAAGCCCGUCUCAUUCUCACUCAUCGGCAAAGAAAUUAAUUUCGAUGUAUUGGAUGGCCGUGUCGUCGGCUACGGUGCACUGCUGGUGCUGCUCGGAAGUUUGUUUCGCUUGACAUUCGCUUACCUCUCCACCUAUGGCGGCAAUCUGACGCGCAAAGAACGCGCCUAUAUUACAAUUUCCUGUUUCCCUAAAGCAACUGUCCAAGCCGCGCUGGGUCCACUCGCACUAGAUAUGGCGAGGUCGUUGAAAGGCGUCGACGAGCAGAGUAUCAAUUUGGCCAGCAAUGUACUUAUCAUUUCGGUGUUGGCCAUCAUUUUCACCGCACCGCUGGGGGCUGUACUCAUGUUGAGAUUAGCGCCGCUUUGGUUACAACGCAGCGAUGUACAUGGCGAGGGUAAUGGCAACAGCAACUCUCGCGAUUGUGAUGUAAAUGAGUUUGUAAGCAGCAAGAGCAACAACACUGACAGCCCCGAUGAUACGUUGAAGAUUUCGAAGAAAAUUGCACAAAGCCUCAGUCAGGCAGGCAGUAAAACUCAAAACAACGGCAGUAGCAACAGCCUCAAAGGCGCGGUUGAUGUGUACACUGUUGAUGGUGAUGGCGAUGGAAAUGGUGAUGCCGGCCAAGUAUCGCGUACACAAUCGCCAUGGGCAAAGGAGGAUGAGAGGAAGGCGUCACGCCACUAGGUUUGAAUCCAAUUAACAAUGCGGAUAAGUCGGCGUCCGCGACUUGACUUGCUGUCCAGCGGUCUGUCGGAUGUAGGGUGUAGAGUGUGAUGUGUAUGUGUUUGUUUUAACAUUAUGGCGACGUUAUCUUUAACGUUGAUUUAUUUUUUUUUGUACAAAAAUGUAAGACACGCGUUAAUAAAUAUAUAUUUUCUGGACGUCUUAUUAAGUAAAUUUAUCAGAAAAAAUGUAUGUUUAUUUGCUUGUACAAUAUUAAGUUGGCUUACUGUACUUUAAUGUGACGUGAUACUUAAUUCAGAAAAUUUGAUUACUUAAUGAUCGCUUACUAUUGAAUAACCGCUAAUUGUGAUGUUGUACUUACAAAUUUACCUGUACUUUAUUAAGAAGCAUAUAAAUAAGAAUCUAUAAGACAAACUAUGCA